GUGGCCUGGAUACACCUGAAGCGGCAGAUGAUUGUAGCCGUGCACACUCGCAUGAUUUCGCGCAUCUCCCGCUACUCAGUGACCCACGAUUCGCACAAGACGUGGACUCUGCACAUCACGGGAGUCACGGAAGAUGACAGCGGGUAUUACCUGUGUCAGAUCAACACGGAGCCAGCGCUGUCACAGGUCGGGCUCCUGCAGGUCGUAGUGCCACCUAACAUCGAAGACGAGCUAAGCAGUCCGUCGCAAAUCCAAGUGAGAGAGAAGGUCAACGUAACUCUGACCUGCGCCGCCAGAGGGACACCUGACCCGAGGAUUAUGUGGAAACGGGAAGAUGGAGCCAUGAUCGUCACCAAUACGAGGAAUCCUGAGCCCGUGCACAACGGCCCGGCGCUUCCCCUCCACGAAGUGAGCCGGACCCAGAUGGGCGCCUAUCUCUGCAUCGCCUCCAACGGCGUCCCGCCCUCCGUCAGCAAGAGGAUCACCCUGGACGUAGAGUUCCCCCCACAGAUCCACGUGCCCAACCAGCUGGUAGGAGUGCCAACGGGAGACAAUGUUACCAUUGAGUGCUUCGUUGAAGCAUUCCCCAAGGCGAUCAGCUUCUGGGUGCGCAGAGACAUGAUGAUUCUGAACUCAGGGAAAUACCGAGCGGAGACCAACGAGUCAACUUAUCGUAUCCACAUGAAACUCACCAUAUUUAAUUUCUCUCGCGACGACAACACAACCUACAAAUGCGUCGCCAAGAAUUCUCUCGGUGAGACCGAAGGAGACAUCAAACUGAACGAAAUCUACAUGCCACCCAAAGCGAAGGAGAUUCGGAGUGGCAACGCAAAAAGUGAGGACCUGACUCACAACGCCAGGGGAAGUCGCGGCAGGGAUGAUGACUACCAGCAUAGCGAUCUCGUGGAGAGUCCUCGUGGUGACGGAAUCUAUGACAACUCUCCGCCAGUCCCGCAGUCAGCCCACCCGACCAGUCACGUCUCGGCCGCAGACUUGAGUGGCGGUGGGGUGGAGUCAGCGGGGUCUCCAGCCAGUCUGCUGCCUCUGCCGCUCCUGCUAGUGUCCUGUCUGCUGACGCUGGCACUGCCGUGACCCUCUCCUGCUCCUGUUUACAGCGCUGACACAGCUGACGUCCCACGGCGACCCUCCAGCUCCGAUGACCCCCGCGGCCGUCGUGUCAGGAGGUCAAUGCGAUCACAUCCUCGAGCGGAGACAUGGAUGGCCGGGAGGGAAGGGAGGGAGACCCAUCAAACCCCUUCCCCCUUCCUCUCGCCUCCCCCUCUUCCUCCUCCUUCGCCCCCUCCUCCCCCUCGCUGAUAGCCCCGUCACGGCGUCGUUGUAGCGCGGACAGCUUGCCGGGAGAUCGAAGACGUUAGCGCGAUAUUCGUCUGAUAUCUCAAGACGUAGAUAAAGUUUUUUUUUUCCCCGUGGUGUUGCCUGGUGACCUGGCGGGCAGCGAGAGGACGCCGAGACACCUCUGCGAAAUGCUUCUCUCUCUCUUUUUUUUAACUCUUAAACGGUCUUUCUCAAUAAUCUCGUCUCUUUAUAUCAUUCUUGUUCUCAGACCUACUCCUUACUCCAAGUAUCUCCGAUCUUUUUCCUUGCAUUUCUGAUCUAAGAUAUUUCUCAUCUCUUUACCAAGAAGACACAUUUGGCCGCGUUCGACAGUUUGCUUCAAUUUAGUAUAUUGCAUCUCCGACGUUGCGCAAAGAAACACUUUAAUCGGUCGAAGUCAUGAUUCAGCACUGUCGAACGAGGGCAAACCUGUCAUGUAAUAAUAGAA